AUGCCGUCCGGACAGAUUUAUGUGUCAGACAGAACUCAAAGUAGUCUGCCUUCACCUUUACCGUCCUUACUCUGUUACGUCGACCAUGAUCUUAUGCAAACCGUUGCACUACACAAUCGGCCGCCUCAUCCAGCCGUCGAAUUUCCCGUCUGCAACACUCACUGGAGUGCUCCUAUCUUAGGAUCGAAAAUUGCUAAUACGGCACUUUGGACUCCGGAUGCCUCAAUAUCGGCAUUCCUGCCCCUCAGCCCUUGCAAGCACUGGCUUCACUACCGCUGCUUCAUCGCUCGCGCAUACGACCCUUGGAACCCUUACAAAAACAAAUUUCCAGUCUGCAACAUGCAGAUCUACCACUGGGACGGUAUUACUGUGCUCACAAUCGCCACACGCACUGGUUUCACGCUCGUCGAUACAAACCCGCACGUUCACUGUAUCACUGCGCACCAACUCGACUACUCCUUCCUUCCAUCUGCCGACACAGCAGAGUAUCUAUCUGAGUGCAUAAUUGUUGAAAAUCUCAUACGCCACGUCUUCUUCGCUUAUUUGGGCAUUCGAUGCAAAUAUGCAGAUGGAAGUCCAGAUAGACAAUUGCCAAAGUCAAAGUGGUUAAGGCGGAGUACGCAGAUGGGAGCUCUGUUGUUUGGGAUGCUGGUCGUUAUCAAGAUGACGAGAUUUCUGGUGGAGGGACAGGGCGGUAUCUUGAGGACAGAAGCGUGGAGAGUAUUUAAAGAUGGGGGGAGGUACAAAAGCUGGCGGAGUGAGGUGAUAUGCAAUCAAGGCUAUUGUGGCCGGGCUAUAGGACUUGCAUGGAACAGAUGUGUGAAGCGGGUUUUGUUUAUCUUGAUUUAG